AUGUCCUCCUACAUCUAUGUCGACGACACCGACCCCCAUCUAGCCUACUCGGACGCCUGGUUUGAGUCUUCGACCGCAGUGGCUACGUCCCUCUCGUUUUCCUUCACUGCCUCCUCGGUGUUCAUCAUCGGCCAAACCGUCAAGGCGCCGUCGUCAUCAAACAGCAGCUCUGGCCCGUCUUCAAUCUACAUCCUCGACAACUCGCGCAAUACAGCCUCCGUCUACAUCGCGGAUGCCGUAGCCGCCACAAACGUCCUCUUCUUCUCCGCGACCAGUCUCAGCUAUGGCAAGCACACGCUCGACAUUGUCAUCUCCGACGUGUCCGAGGACAUGCCGUUUUACCUCGACGUCGUCGCCUUUGGGAUCUCGAACAACCAGCCGUCGUACAUCGGCAGCUCGUCCUCCGACUCUGUGGCCGGGAAAGUAGUCACGGUUACGACCACGAUGGAGUCUCAGCCGACGCUCGCGUCCACGAACGUCGCCGUCGCGGGCGCAGCAUCCUCUCUGCCCGUCGGCGCGAUAGUCGGCGGCGUCAUCGGCGGCGUCGCGCUCAUCAUUGCCUCCGCGCUCGCGUUCUACUUCCUCUGGUGGCGCACGCGGCGCCCGUACGGCUACCGGACGUUCGACGGCGCCGCGCUCUUCGACGCAGAGGACAAGCAUCAUCCGAUGGAUCCGCGCGCGUUGCAAGUCCAGCCUUUCCUUACCCCCGGCGCGGCACAGACGCCGUACUCGGACCACGCCCCUUCUGUCUCACGGAAUAUGUCCACCGCGUCGCACACGUAUCCUCCCCCCGGCAGCGUCGCCGGCAGCGCCCCGAGCAUGUACUCGGACACCCAAUCCGGCUCGGGCCCCGCGGGAUCGCGUCCUGGUUCCGUCUUCGGGGGCUCCAGCAGCGGGCGCACGCUCUCCGUCGUCAACGACGCCGGCAACUACGCGGCAGCAGGGUCGUCGGCCUCGGCAGCGGCGGGCUUCGUCGCCCCGCUCGCGUUCGCGACGCCCGCGCAGCGCAAGGCCGCGGAGGCCCAGGCGGAGAAGGAGGCCGCGGAGCGCGACGCGCGCGGCGCGGGCUCGUCGUCCGCCGCGCCCAAGUACCACGCCGACUCGGGCGUGCGCUUCGACGACGACGGCAAGCCCGUGCCCGCGGAGGCCCCCGAACCCGACCUGCACGACGUCCCGCCCGAGUACACCGAGAUAUGA